AUGAACGAAUGGUUCACUCAAUACAUUCGUACAAACUCGGCUGCUCAACAACCUCCACCCCCACCUAUUCCUCAAAAAAUCCCUGUUAUUCCUCAAGUUAUAUAUUUGAUGCAGAUGAAUAAUCCUCCAGUUGACAAGAUCCGCAAACACAGGACUGAAGAGUUCAAAGCUAAUGCAGAUGAUGAUGCCGAGAGUGUUGGGUUCUGGCUCGAAAAUAUGAUUCGAGUAUUCAAUAAAUUGUCUUGUACUACUAAUGAAUGUAUUAAAUGUGUUGUAUCUUUACUGAGAGACACUGCGUACCAAUGGUGGAACACGUUGAUAUCCAGGGUUCCGAAUGAAUGGGUUACUUGGGAGUUCUUUCAAUCUGAAUUUCGAAAGAAAAACAUUGGUCAAAGAUUUCUCGAUCAAAAGCAUAAAUUGUUCCUAGAAUUAAAACAAGACCGAAUGACUAUAACUGAGUACGAGAGAGAUUUUGUACGGUUGAGCAAGUAUGCUCUAGAGUAUGUUUCUAGCAAAGAAAUUAUGUGUAAGCGGUUUUUCGAUGGGUUGAACGAAGAUAUUAAACUUCUGGCUGGGAUAUUAGAUUUACAAGAAUUUAUUGUGUUAGUUGAUCAGGCUUGUAAAGCCGAAGACUUUAACCAAGAAAAGAAGAAAACUGAUUCAAAGGCUAGAGAUUCGAGCAAAAGAUCGAUGAGCAAGCCGUAUCAAUCUUCAUCAAAGAAACCCAGAUAUUAUUUUAACUGA